GAAAAUGACAAAUCAAAAUUUGACAAGUGUACUUGCAACGACUAUGUUCGUAAAUAUUGCGUUAUUGCAUUAAUUCCGUAAAUUUUAAGCUUCAAACAUUAAUAAAUACAUAUUUAAUCGAAAAUGGAGGAUAUGGCGAGGCUGGCUGUGGUCGAGCAAAGUGUGAGAGACAUGGAAAAAUAUAAUAAAAUACUGUAUGAACUUUUGCGGCAUAUCAGUAACAUUUUAGAAAAUCCCCAUGACUAUGAAGUGAGAGUAAUUAGAAAUGGAAUUCUUCUAGAGAUGCUGAGAUAUGAGGCUUUCAAAGAAUACUUGAGAUAUGUUGGAUUUCGACGGGUUGGCGCCGAUAUCACUUAUCCACAAGAACAAACACUGAGUAACUUAAGAAUGUCUCAAGCAGCAAUCGAGAGGAAAAUAUGGUUCUGCUACGGUGCUCUCGACAUGCGGACCCUUGUGACAUCCACUCGGAAACCCAAAACUACAGCAUUGAAGCCUGCUAAUAUACUGACAACAAAGUGUAGUCUGCUAUUAAAGAUACAGAGGCUGUUCAAUGAAGUCCUGGUGUAUGAAGAUGAAGAGUUGUUGGAGCAAGCCCGUGAUCAGAUACCGAUUGUGCAGCUGCAACUCAAAGCUCUUGACAGAGUCCGGGAAGUACAAAGACUGAUUAAAACUGGUGAAAUCAAAACCCCGGACCUGCCAUUCGACAUAGCUCUUCUAAUGGAGUUGCUGGCGUGGUUCAAGCACCAGUACUUCACGUGGGUAGACCAGCCGAAGUGCGCGGGCUGCGGCGGCAAGACCACCUUCCGGGACAACUUCACCAUCACUACCAAUGGAGAAACCACUAAGAUGGAGGUGUACGACUGUCUGGCGUGCGGUGUGGGCGCGAAGUUCGUGCGCUACAAUGACCCGCGCACGCUGCUGGAGACUCGGCGCGGGCGCUGCGGCGAGUGGGCCAACUGUUUCACGUUGCUGUGCCGCUCGUUAGGAUACGACACCAGAUUUGUCUACGAUGUCACUGAUCAUGUGUGGUGCGAGGUGUUCGACUACGACUCGAACACGUGGCUGCACGCGGACCCGUGCGAGGGCAAGCUGAACGCGCCGCUCAUGUACUGCCACGGCUGGGGCAAGAAGCUGUCCUACGUCAUCGCCGUCUCCAGGGACGACCUGCAGGACGUCACCUGGAGGUACACCAUGGACCAUAAGGAGGUGCUGAAACGCCGUACGGAGUGUACGGAAGAUGAGCUGGUGGCCUGCAUCCUGGCGCUGAGGGAACAUCGCCAGAGACAGGUGUCGGACGCCAGGAGACGCCACCUGACCAGGAGGACGCUGCAGGAGCUCGUCCAACUGAUGCAGGAGAGGGAGCCGAAAGACUACGAGUGUGACGGGCGUCUAUCAGGGUCCCUGCAGUGGCGCUCGGAGCGCGGCGAGACGGGCCCCCGCUUCAGGCCCCACACCUGGGACCUCAACCGCCUCGGGGCCUGCGAACUGCGCUACUACGCCGCGUCUGACCUCUACAGUCUGACGUCAGACGGCCAAGAAAUACUCCGCCUGCCUAAGUGGAGCUCAGGAGUUUAUAAAGUAGAUAAGGUGUUCAGAAAAGUUGAACACGAUUGGAAGAUGGUGUAUCUGGCUAGAGAAGAGGGUGCGGCUACGGGCGGCGUAUCAUGGCGGCUCCGCGCGGGCGCGGGGCUGCGCCUCACGCAGCUGCGCAUGCGCAUGCACACGCACAUCGUCAGCAGCGGCACUAUAACCUGGACUAUACAGUAUGACGACAACAAACCGGAAACCGUCGACUUUAGCCCAGAACUGUUGAAGCGCGGCGUGUCGCUGCGGGCGUGCGUGUCGCUGGUGGUGUCGGCGCGGCUGGCGGGCGGCGCGGGCGCGGGCUGGCAGCACGCGCAGCUGUGCCGGCAGCCGCUCGCCGCCACCGCCGCCGCGCUGGAGAUACAUGCCCUCGUCCUACCACAGCAGGACUAAACCACUAGUGCAAGUGAACAUCUCCUAAAGGCGGGUCUACGCUAUACUCUAUCCACGGAAGCAAGAGCUAAAAGGUAAACAAAGAAUGACACUUUUUCAAGAUGGCGGUAUAACCCGACCUAUGACAAAACGUCACAUUUUUGUGUAAAAUGUUCGCAGUAUCUGUGAUUUUGUCAUCGGUCGGGUUAUACCGCCAUCUUGAAAAACUGUCAUUCUUUGUUUACCUUUUAGCUCUUGCUAGAGACGAACCGAGCACGAGCGAAGCACAAGCACAGCCGUUCUCGGCGUCAAGUGUGGACGUACAACGACCCUACAACGAUCACCGUUAGCAAAUCCCUUUGUGUUCGUCAAAAACCGACAACAGACGGAACACAGCCGACCACGAACGAAAUGCUCGCAGCGCGCGCGUUGGUCCACACUAGACGAAUUGUGUUCGGCUCGUGCUCAGCUCGUGCUCGGCUCUCCUAGCGUAGACACAGCUUAAGGGAUCUAUCAGACAGGGAGCGGUCAGUUUUGCGUUAUUUGUGUCAUAUUACGUUACAUAGUAGUCACACAGGAGACAUCCUGACCGCGUCGGUCAAGUAGAAGUAGUAGUAAUAGAGCUCGACGCCUGACCGCUCUCCGUCUGAUAGAUCCCUAAGAAAGUAGCGCGCCAAAAUACGGGUGUGUGGAAGAGGAACGUCACUGUCUUCACAUUUAUACGCUUUUUUGGACUGGUUUUUUUAUUACCAAAAAUCGUUGACAGACAUCUCAUAAAACCCGAACGCCUCGUUAGUUCACUCUUAACUGAUCGUUUUGGUCAUGCCAUCCGGUAUAUUUGACCUAGAAAAAGACACCUGACCUACCUGCAUUCGCUCAUCUUUCCUUGCUCCGUGGCUCCGCUUCACCGCGCCCCAGUAACGUGUCACUUAGUCAUCCAAUAACUAAUGCUAUCUACCAGAUAUUGCCAUCCGAGGCAUGUUAAACCAAAACUUAUAGUUUAUCUAUCAGAUAAGUUCCUGAGACUUUAUCAGUAACGGAUGAAACUGGCCAUAAAUGUACCACUCGUAACACAAUAUAGGCACUUUACUUGAUGCAACUAUAAACUAUUUGGUUUCUAUCUAUACGACAGGUUUCUGUAAGUGGCGCCUUUUCAUAGAAAAAGCUAAUUGUCAGCUGGUUAUAGUUGUGUCAUGUGCAAAGUGCUAAACACUUAUGGAAAAACUUUAAACCCUGUUUUACACUUGUCUAAUAAAAUUUUAGCUGCAAAAUGAACCAUAUGUCCGUCAACCAUAUUGUCAUUUUUUUAGACGAGGCGUAAACUGACGUUUAAAAGUUUUUGUGGUAAGACGGGCGAUGUUUAGGGCAAUUCACAUUUUGAAUGCCAUGGACUUCUUAUACAGAGUGGUCCCUAAAAAUAUAUUAUAAAUCAAAUGGAGCAGUGAUAUGUAUAGUAGGGUGUCCCAAGACAUAAGGGGGAAUUUUUUUUCUCGAAUUCAAAUACGCAUACCCUCUAAUUUUUUUCGGUUUGACCUCAUUAUCUCCUAUAAUAAAUAUUAUCUCGAUCAGACAGUGGUAACCCGUGCCGACUUAAUGCCAAAGUUUCACAUGAAAAUUUGUACUGACUUACUAUGGAGAAAUUUAGAUCUUAAUUAUUAUUACUAAAAAUAAACCUUGAAUAGAUCCAAAUAAUGUUUUAUCUUCUCAUAUACAUUGAAAAAUAAUAUCCUUGUUAAAAUUUUCAUUUUAAAGUAGUUUUUUUUUACAUUCAGGAUAAAUUUUCCGAUAUUCUAGGACUGUACCUAACAAUAAUUGUUUUUGUUCCUCAUCUACUGUGAUUAAUCAAUAAAAGUCUUGCAUGAACUUGACCGAUCUUUCGGCCACAUCGUUCACUCUCAGUGCUGAAACUUUGGCUUUUUGAUACGAAGCAUUAUUUGACUAGAAGGUAGGACACAUUCAUGUAGAAAACUGUCAUUAUAUUUUAAGGCGAUCGAUCAAAGAACUCGCUUUUUGCUGAAAUGAAGUUAGAGGUGAUUUUGUCAUACAACGUACCGUAAAGAUCUCCUUUUGAAAAAAAAAAAUUUAACCAAAGACAAAAUAACCCCUGAAAAACGAUACAUCCAAUCGUUUUUCAAGAGUUAUUUUCCUUUGCUCCUCUGAGGCAGGCGCUUUCUGUAACUAACUGUAGGCCGGCUGCUCUCCUGGCUGUCAUUUGACAUCUUGGACAGUCGUUUCGGGUAGUCAGAAGCCAAUAAGUCUGACACUAGUCUUAUCAAAGGGAUAUUGGGUUGCUGGGUAACUGGGUUGAGAAGUCAGAUAGGCAGUCGCUCCUUGUAAAACUCUAGUACUCAGCUGAAUCCGGCAAGACUGAAAGCCGACCCCAACAUAGUUGGGAUAAGGCCAGGGACAUGAUGAUUUAUUCUUAUUAAUCAAAAUCAAAUAAAUUACAUAUCUAUGUUGCUGAAAAAGUCGUGAUAGCGUUGCUUAAAAACGUCUUGUGUCUUUUGUUCCUGCAAACUUGAUACAAGGUGACGAGUUUCGUCACACAAUUAGGCAAAGAUUUAGUUGGAAUACGCGCCUUUUGCCAGUAGAUAAUAUAAUGCAUUCGCGACUAGUAAGAUUUACGUUUUCGUUCACAAUUAAAUUAAUUUCCCGAAUAUCACAACAUAGUAUACAACAAAGUCGCUUUUUCUGUCCCCGUGUCCCGUUGUAAGCUUACCUAAUUCUUCGAAACUACGCAACCGAUUUUCAUGCGGUUUUCUCUAAUAGAUAGAGUGAUUAAAGAGGAAGGUUUACAUGUAUAAUAACACACAUUAAAUAGUGCAGAAAUACUGUUAUUCCGUGCGAAGCCGGAGCGGGUCGCUAGUUGUACUAUGAAACUGCCAGAACUUGUCCAUUAGACGGAAGUUUUGAGCCCAUUUGAUGCUUUAGGUCCCCUAAUUAAAAAUAUACUCUUUUAUAACUGCUUAAGUCUAGUGACAUGUUGGCUGUUUGAAAACAAUGAUUCGAUCACUAAAUAACAAGAAAUCACAGGCACAUCGACGAGAUAGAUCGCGUUAGUCUUAGAGAGCAAGUAUGACAUACAUUCAAAUGUAAGUCGGCACGGGUUACCGUGGUCCUACCACCAUAUAAUUUUAUUUAUAAUAGUUUUGGACCAAAAGGAAAAAAGUAGGAGGGUAUGCGUUAAAAAAAAAUGACUUUGAUUUUUUUGGGACACCCUAAUGUAUAGGGUCAAUGACCAAUUUUUAAUUUCACAACAUGAGUAAAUGACCUUGUCCAUACAUACCCCUGUUUCGUUUAACCCAUACUGCGAGGGACACCCUGUUCGGACGUUGAAAAAAAAUAUGCUUUCUGCAGUGCCAGAAAAAAAGUCGUUUCUAAUUUGACGUCUGGAAGACCAUAAUGUGCAAUCGUUAAACAAAAUGGUAUGCUGAGGUCUAAAACCAUGUUUUUGAGUUAAACUCAAAAUGAGCACAGGCCAAUGUCAUUGGCCAUCAUUGGCAUCAUUAUAUUGUCAAUAAAAGCAACUAAUACGAAGAUAUAACGACAUUCAUAUCAUAUAUUCAAGUUCCCGCUGUCAGUCUUAAUGUUCCCGUUAUAUCGUCUACGUAUAUUAUAUGUAAACACAUAAUAUAAAAGCGUAAUUAUUUAACAGUUUGAUCAAUAUCUAAAGAAUCAAACAAAUACAAACAUCCGAAUCAAGAACCUCCUCCUUUUUGGGAAGUCGGUUAAAAAUACUAACUGAAAAAAAUAUUCUACAGGUAUAAAUAUGUAACUAUUGAAAAUUUGCCUUAUAGUUUCUAGUUGUCAACAUUAAAUCAUAUAAACACUUUUCAAUCAAUACGAGAUCACCAAUGACGUGAAUUUUGAAAAAGUGAGAAUACGCCCUAACUUUAAAUAAUGUGCACAGCAGUCUUGGAUUAACGAAUAGGCCGUGGCUUAAAGGUCCCCAAAUUUACUACAAAUGGAAAAUUAUUAUUUGUAAGGUUUGUUUAUGGGGCGGCGGAAAUAAAGUAGCCUACACUCGUUAAAAAUAUAAAUCCGGCACUGGUUCACAUUAAUUGACAGUUUCUGAAAAAAUAUAUGGAAGAAUGAUCAAAGAAAAGCUUUGUGUAUAGCACACAUUUAUGCGUAAGCGCAUCUGUCAACUAUCAACUGUCAAUAGAAUAUAAUUCAUUCAACAUUAUAACAUAUAAUCAAAUAAUACAUAGUCAUACAAAUAUUCAAAACAAUGUCUAUUUUCAAUACAAGUUUUUACAUAAAUUCUAAUUAGUUUUGGAAUAAAAAUAUUGAAAAUUUCAAAUAUAAAAUCAUUGAUAUCUACGAAAUUAUUUAUAUUCUAUGUUUUUCCAUCAUGGUACGGCCCUAAGUACCAAGUUACUUGUACUGAAAAUAAACAUUGUCUAAUAAAAUAUAUUAAUAUAAGAUUAGCAUUUAUUCAUAUUAUAUUAGUUUAUAAUAAGUUAUUUAAACUGUUUUGUAAUGUUCUACGAGGUUUCUAUUUUCCUAUUUAAACUUGUCAUUGUAGCUUGUAAACCAUAUAAAUCAAUGUUUAAAUCAGACGUUUGAUAAUAAUAACCAACAAUAUUGUAAUGGAAGCGAGUCAUGGCGGCACUUGUUAUUAAAAAUUAAACAAAAUCGAUAUGCUGGAAUAAAUUAUUCUUAUUUGGCCAGAAGAAAAAUCGGAUGUUGACAUCAUUUUAAAAAGGUAUGUCACAUAAAGUUCAUAACUGUUUUAAUAUGUAUGAGUCCGCUAUGAUUCUCUAAUUAAGAUAUUUUUAAAUGUUCACCUAUGUGCUUGAAUAAACUACAUUGUUUCACCAAACAGCGAGGUUAAAGAUCAGCUCUUAUCCUUAAGAUAAUGAUUCUUGAGAACACACUAAUUGUAAUAUUUAUAUCAUUCCACGUUAUACCUAAGUAAAAAAAAAUAUAUUUUGUUUAAAACAUCAUUUUUGACUAAACUCGACGGACGCUUAGAAUUAUUUAGCAAAUUAAAUGAGUCGAAGUAUACACUCAAGGCUUCACUAUGAAAAUGUUUCAAGGGUUUAAAAACAUGCUGUCUCUGACAAAAAAUAUGCUGUGACAGAAUUAUGUUUAAAUAUGUACCCAAAAUGUGUUUAGUGAGAAGUUCCGCGAGCCUGAGAGACAUUGAUUAAAUCAAGCUGAGCUCAAUAUCGCUAAAUUCUCGCGAUUAUUAUUCAAAAUAUUUUUUGUUUAUGACGACGUCGACCAAUGUCCAAUGAACUAACCAUUCGUCAUACCUACUUUGUAUAUUUUUAGUUCAUUUGAAUUUGUAUAAAAUGUGUUGAUAUUGCGCAAAAUUGAUGUUGAAUAAAUCUGCCAUGUCUUAAUAUAAUUGGGCCGUGCAAUAAAAUUUAAAGUGUAAUUUAACUAUGAUUAAAUAAAAAAUGAUUUAAGUUAUUUCAUAUUGGUAUUUAAUAAUGUUCAGCUUAAAACGCUUUUUGAAGUGAAAACAUUAUUGUGAUGUCAAAAUAAAUAUAAACUGAAAAUCACAGCUUUUA